AAAUGUAAACAGUAAACAAAGACGAUAGGACGCGGAGACAGAGGAAAGUAUAUGUGUCGCAUAAGUGCCCUUAUCACUAUAGAUACACUCCCAGCGGCUUGUCAUGAGGUGGAUUUUGGCCCAUGUAGUGUCGUUCAUGAUAUAAAGGCAGGUCAUUCCAAUGGUGAGGAGGGACAAUGAAGAUCCAAUUUGGAGAGAAGGGUGAGGUGUCCUGGGAUGUCCUGGUGGAAACACUCGGGGCUGAGGAGCUGAAGGAUGACCGCCACCACAUAUCCUCCUGCAAAGAGCGGUUCUGGAGGCAGUGCUGCAUGGGAUCACGGCUGACACUGGCCUUUGUAGUGAGUGUGGUGACCCUCACACAGGUCUGGCUCCUCCUCUACCUGCUCAGUACCUGGGAUGCUACAAGUCCAUCCACACACCUUGUUUACAUUGAUGAUUUAGGGAAUGAGCGCCACAUACAUUUCUCGUGGUCAAACUGUGGCAGUGAAUCAGACCCAGUGCAGCUCAAGCAGCUCCAGGUGACCCCAGACCCAGUGCUGAUCGACAGCAACAUCACCCUCACCCUGAAUGCAUACCUGGAUCGCUUCCUUGAUGCUCCCAUCUUGGCUUCAGUCAAAGUGGAGCGCAAGAUGGGGUGGUUUUGGGUGGAGAUCCCCUGUGUGGAUGGCCUGGGGUCCUGCCAUUACAAGGAUGUAUGUCAGCUGUCUCCCUUUGUGGCCCCUGAACCAUGUCCUGACCCCUUUCCUAGAUUUGGACUGCCUUGCCGGUGUCCUGUUAAGAAGGGCCAGUACAAGGUGAGAGGAGGAGUGUUUAGCAUUCCAGAGCUUAUCAAGUAUAUCCCUGCCUGGCUUGUCUCUGGGGAUUACUAUGUCCAUGCCACUGCUCAGAAGAAAGGUGUGUCACUUGGAUGCUACAACCUUUAUGUCUCGGUGUCCUACUAAACCAUGGCACAUCCCUUACAUUCUCCUGCCUGUGGGUGAAGGGCAUGCUAGAUACUCAGGUUUAUGUGGCAGUUGCUCAGAGAGAAUUUUACCUGGUGUAGUUAGUGGUUACUCUCUAAUCUUAUUAUAUUCCUAUAUGAAGGUUGUUUUUGUCGUCAGAUUUGCUUUGGAUCAUAAUUAUGUGUUACAUGAUAGUUAUUUUGUUAAUGUGUAUGUGUUACUGGUUGUUAAAUGUGAUGAUGGGUGGACUUUCUUGCAUGUGCAUUAAUAUAGUUUUAUAUAAUCUGUAAACAUGUUAUUGAUACUUGUAUGUGUGAUGACAAGUAUGAUGCCCAUUUUUCAACACAACGUUUUAUAAUAGUAGCAGCUUUAUUAUAGAAAGUCUCAUAUUACUUGAGACUAAAGCUGUCAGUAUUCCAAUUGCCAUAUUGUACUUUAAAGAGAAGGUUAUAACAUAUUUUAUCAGGUUUUUCUCAGUGACACAGCAGUCUUCUGCUGUAACCCAUUACUACUCAGGAUGUGAGCCAAACUUUAUACAGAGAGGGUUGUUUACUUAGUUCCAUUGCCUGUAUGUGUAUUUAAGAUAUAACCAGAGGUGAACAGAGUUAUUUGAAAAAAAAAAAAAAUUAUUUAUCAAUUUUUUUUACUGAAUUGGCAACAUUGCUGCUCUACCUAACUCGUGAAAUUUUAUGUAAUUUUAAUCACUUUCAUAGUUGCUUCAGUACAAGAUACUUUAAUACAAAAAGCAAUCAUUUGUGAGAAUUAUUAUGAUUAAUGUUGAGAAAAAUUGGAUGUUAUUUUGAGUUGUGGAAUAUUUAGAUAGAUACAAAAUAAACAGUACACAGUAGUAAUUUUACCAUGUACAAAAGAUGAUCAGGGUAUGCAGAUGUCUUGUUUCAGUGACCCAUUUAUAAAGAGUGUAGAGUAUGUAUAUGUAUAUAUAGAAAUGGAGAUGAAAAGAUAAAGAAGUGAAACUAGUAUUACUGAUAGCCUCCCUCAUUCUUAGGAAGGCAUGGAUUGAGGAGAUAGAUAAAAGCUGUGACAGUCAAGCGGGAAAUUCAGCUUUUCUUGAAGUUUAGAAAUGAGUGGUAUUAGUUGUAUUUUAGCAGUUUUAGAUCUGGUGUCAGUCUGACUAUAAGAAGGGAAUAUCUGAUGUGUGUGAGUCCUGGGUUCUCCAGUGAUCUCCACAAAUCCUUGUAUAACCCGAGACAUGCUAUGUGAUAAUUUACAUAAUAGUAUAUAAGUUAAUUUCCUUUGAACUUAAUAAUGAUCAGGUAAGCAGUACAUAUAUUAUUGAUGUUUGUGAAUUAAUGUGUAGAUAUUAAGUCAAAUGUGCCUUAUAAAUAAUAAUGGAAACAUUAACCUGUGGAGCAAUCAAGAGACUUUAAAAGAUGGCACUGAUGUAUUCAGACCAAUCUUAAUCUUAAGUGUCGUAAACACUGGGUUUUAUUGCCACUACAUGUGUAGGUGGCAAGAUCCCCAAAGGUUCCUUUUUAUGAAUAUGUCUGUUGUGAUAAAGCUUUCAUGUGAGAUAAUGAGAGUAUAUGCUUGUUCGUGAUUACCCUAUCAGUGAAGAGAGAAAUUCUCACAUAUGAAUGUUCAGAUGUGUGUAUGCUGUUUAGCAUUAGAAUUAAUCUAGCAGGAUUAACAUUUUCAUACAUGGCAAAAUUCAAGCCCAUAUGAUAUUUUACAGUAUCUUAUGAAAGAUUAUUAUGUACUUAGCCUAACAAUAUAUUGGUGGAUAUAUAUGUUAACUAUUAGGGUAUGGUUUGCUUGUACUAUAAUGGAGUUGGAAAUAAAUUCACAUGACAUAUGUGAAGCUGACUUGGA